ACGGCCAGCGCCCCCGGGGCGGGCGUCCACUCUCUCCCCCAUCCCCCGGGCCGGGAGCGCGCGCGUUCCGGGUCUCCUGGCCAGUGCACGGACGGAGAGCGGGCCUGCGGGAAUAGUGUCCUCGACUUCGGGGGGCGGGAGGGUGGUCACCCAUGGCCGACCCGGGGACGGUCACCACCAGCACCAGCCAGACUCCCGAGACCCACGAGCACCUCUUCAAGGUGCUGGUCAUCGGUGAGCUGGGCGUGGGCAAGACCAGCAUCAUCAAGCGCUAUGUCCACCAGCUCUUCUCGCAGCACUACCGGGCCACCAUCGGCGUGGACUUUGCCCUCAAGGUCCUCAACUGGGACAGCAGGACGCUCGUGCGCCUGCAGCUUUGGGACAUCGCGGGGCAGGAGCGGUUUGGCAACAUGACCCGAGUUUACUACAAAGAAGCUGUUGGUGCAUUUGUAGUCUUUGACAUAUCCCGAGGCUCCACGUUUGAGGCGGUCCUAAAAUGGAAAAGCGAUCUGGAUAGUAAAGUUCAUCUUCCCAAUGGCAACCCUAUUCCUGCUGUCCUCCUGGCUAACAAGUGUGACCAGAAGAGGGACAGUGGCCAGAGUCCUUCCCAGAUGGACCAAUUCUGCAAAGACCAUGGUUUCACUGGGUGGUUUGAAACCUCUGCUAAGGAUAACAUCAACAUAGACGAAGCCACCCGGUUCCUGGUGGAGAAUAUUCUUGCGAACCAGCAGGGCUUUCCCACCGAAGAAAACGACGACACGGACAAAAUUAAACUGGGUCAGGAGACCUUGAUGGCAGAACGCAGUUCCCAGUGCUGCUGAUGGAGAUCUGCCCCUUCCAUGCCUGCCUCGGCUCCUGUGUGCCUGAGAGUGGUCACAAUGAGCCUUUCCACUGUGACUCUCUCUGCAGGGUACGGCUGCCCAUCUGAAGAGGGUACACGUGGAGAUGUGCCCUCACUAGAGGCUCCUCGACUUAGCAGAUGACCCCCACGCUGCCCUCGGGGGUGGUCAAGUGGAGGUUAAUGUUGACAUCCUUUGAAACCUUUCUGCAAAUGACUACCAGAUGCAGCUUUUUUCAUGUAAACAUGAGGAUGGUAAUAAAUCUUCCCUGUGGUGUUCCUGGAA